AUGAGCCAGUUUCAACCGGGAGUUGUCGUGGGGAAGAAACGGAAAUGGGACAUGGCAACUUUGGGCCCCGAUAUUUCAGGAGCUCGGGCCGAGUUCGACAGGAUUGGUAUAACGACUUUGGACGAAAGUCUUCGCCAUAUCAAUGAGGGUGACAGUCUUCGCCAGCUCAGCUCGGCUCACAUUGACCUAUCUGCACCCCCAAUCUCGAUGCAGUCGUCUAUAACAUUACCUCGCCUGGCCAACAUGGCCGAUCCCAUUAAUCCUGGCAGCACUCCGAACAUGUUAUCGGAUGAAAUAUACUUCGAUCCCGGAGAAGGGCAAACCCAAGGUUUUGACUUGCUACAAGAUUUUGAUGCUCCUAUCCUUCAGAUUAUGAACAGCGUCCCAGCAUUAACGACCAGAUGGGCGGCACAAGACGAUAUUGUAGAUAUAAACACAGAAGUUGCAGCCUACCAUGAACAAUGA